AUGGCAGGUCUUCGCACCCUUGGCCCCAAAGCGGCCGCUGCUCUGGACGAAGAACUCAUGUCCUCUGGCGCAUUCUCAAUCGACCAAUUAAUGGAAUUAGCAGGUUUAGCCGUCUCCCAGGCACUAUACACCCUCUCCCCACCAACCAAAACCCCCAACGUCCUCAUAGCCUGCGGCCCCGGCAACAACGGCGGCGACGGCCUCGUCGCCGCCCGCCACCUGCACCACUUCGGCUACAGACCCACCAUGUACUUCCCCAAGCAAGGCAAAAGCGAACUGUAUCAACGCCUUCGAACGCAACUCGAACAGCUCAAAGUCCCCUUUACGGAUGACUUCCUCUCCGCGAUGGGCAAGUCGGACUAUGUCGUUGAUGCGAUUUUCGGAUUCUCGUUCUCGGGAGAGGUGAGGGAGCCGUUUCCUGCGGUUAUUAAAGCUCUGGCGGAGAGUAAGGUUCCUGUGCUGGCGGUGGAUGCGCCGAGUUCGUGGAAUAUUGAGGAUGGACCGCCGAAGGAGGGGCCGGGGGUUGGGUAUCAGCCUACUGCGUUGAUUAGUCUGACGGCGCCGAAGCCGUUGGUGAAGUGGUUCAAGGGGAGGCAUUUUGUCGGUGGGAGGUUUGUGAGUAGGGAGAUUGCGGAGAAGUAUGGAUUUGAUCUGCCGCCGUAUCAGGGGAGUGAUCAGGUUGUUGAGAUCGGGAGUCAGGGGGAGAAGUUGUGA